UGUUAGAACGCGAGUGCGCAUAAAUCGGUAAAAGCCGGCAUCAAGAUCAAAAGUGGCGUGCGAUGAACGUGUAGCGUAAGAUCUUGGCAGGCAGAUAAUUGCAAUUUUUAUUUAAAUCAUUCUAAUUAACAGAAUAUUUCAAACUAAGAAAAAUGAAGCUUCUAACACAUAAUAUGUUGACUUCAAAGUGCUUGAAAGGCGUAACUGUUGGUUAUCCUUUAGGGAUUGUUGCUAAAGAUAUUAAAGUAUCAGAAGUAGAUUUUAAUUCAGAAUUUAUUGCAAGGAUUAUUCCAAAACUUGAUUGGGCUACACUUUGGAAAGCUGCAGAAAGUAUAGGUCAUGUUGGAGAGUUACCACAAACUUUAAUUCAAGACUUUGAAACAAACGAGGAGUUCUUGAAAAAAGUUCACCAUGUAUUAUUGGAAGUAGAAGUUAUUAAUGGAGACUUACUAUGUCCAGAAUCUGGUAGAAAAUUUCCCAUUAAUGAUGGUAUACCAAAUAUGCUCUUAAAUGAGGAUGAAGUUUAAUUAUUGACAUUACAAUAAUAAGAAAAACAAAAUUACAUUUUACAUACAUUUAUUUCAAUGAGUAAAUGUUCAUAUGUUGUAUAUACAAUUCUUUUCUUAUUACAAUGUGUAUAAGUUUUAUUUUAUACUUUUAUUAGUGUAAUUAGUACAAAAUACUGUAUUAACUAAAAUAAAAUAAAUAAAUAAAUGUCUUAAACUCAUUGGAUUGUUUUUAAUAUUUCAAGCUAUUUAACAAUUAAACACAAUAUAUUUAACAAAAUAAAAUGGAACUUAGCAUUGCAUAUAUAAAGAAUUGCAUAUCACAUUUAAGAGUUCUAUCAAUAAAUUAAAGUGUAAGACAAAUGAUUAUAGAUGUCUUUAUUGUACAGAUAUGUGUAAAUACAGUGAAAUACAAUUUUUGCAUUACCUUAAUAUUCAGUAUACACCAUUUGGAUUUACAGUAUGUUUAUAUUGCUAAUUACUGGACUGUUUUCAUUAAUUAUUAAUUUCUAGGACGAAAUUUUUAUUUACCUAAGGACUUGCUCUAUCAGGGCAAAUAUGAUUUCUGGCAUUAUUACAGCGACUAUAUUAAAUGAGAAAUAAUUCUGAAAAUAUCUAAAUAUAGAGAUUUUCUUUCGUGUACUCGUACCGCGUAAAAUUUGUUAAAAAUAGUUUCGUUUCUGUAAAUAAAGUAAUGUGUACACGAUAAAUUGCUUGGAACUUGAAAUCUUAAUUACAGAGCAUGUUAACACCAUUAACAUUUAACAUUAUUGUUUGAGUAUACACUGAUCUUACACCAUUAACAUAACAAAACCAUCAUAGAUCAACAAAUUACAUACGAUAAAAUACAUUCAUUACUUUAAGCUUAGCACAAUGUCACUAACACCUAUUGCACACAAUCUUCUAUAUCUAAUUUAUGUAUGUUUAAUGCGACUUAAGAGGAAUAAUGAGAAAAUUGUUGUUUGCUUAUUAUAUCUCAUAAAAUAGUGUUCCAGAGAAAAGCAUUUUUUUUUUUGGAUGGAAGAAUUUUAAUAGAAAAAAAUUUGGCAUUUAAUAUAUUGAUAAGUAAUUGCUCUGUAGCAACACAUUCCAAUACACAAACACCAAAUCAUUAGUGUACCAUGUUCGCAGAAUACCACAUAUAAACAUUUGUAUACGAGAAAGUGUUUCACGUUGGAAUAUCAAAUUGCAGUAGUUAUCUAAUUGAAAUAUUUAUCCCCCGUUAAUGUACUCUUACGCAUACGUGGCAAUACUCAAAAUAUAGUCAAAAUAGAUUAUUUUAUUCCUUCUAGUUUCUUCAAGAGUCAAAAAGCUAUAAAAAUAGCUCUCAACUAAUCUGCCACAGCCCAUCUGUUACUAACUUUUAUUUAUAUAAUAGAUUUUUUUUUUUCAAA